AUGGUGGGCCGGAACAGUGCCAUCGCCACCGGCGUGUGCGGGGCCCUGUUCAUCGGUUACUGCAUUUACUUCGACCACAAGAGACGGAGUGACCCCAACUUCAAGAACAGGCUGCGAGAACGAAGAAAGAAACAAAAGCUUGCCAAGGAGAGAGCUGGGCUUUCCAAGUUACCUGACCUUAAAGAUGCUGAAGCCGUUCAGAAAUUCUUUCUAGAAGAAAUACAGCUCGGUGAAGAAUUACUAGCUCAAGGUGAGUAUGAGAAGGGUGUGGACCAUCUGACAAAUGCAACUGCUGUGUGUGGACAGCCACAGCAGGUGCUGCAAGUGUGGCAACAAACUCGUCCACCACCAGUGUUCCAGAUGCUUCUGACUAAGCUCCCAACAAUUAGUCAGAGAAUUGUAAGUGCUCAGGGCUUGGCUGAAGAUGAUGUGGAAUGAGAAACAAAUGUCAACAUAAUGAUCUCAACUGCAACAUAUUUUUAAAAUCUUAAUUCAGAAGAUGAU